AUGAGUCCAGCUGUCUUCUUGGGAGCUUUGGGAAGCACAAAAUUAUUUGCAGACUCACGUUCCCGGUUCCCCCACAGUGCUUUGAUGUUCACGAUGGAUAAUUUGAACAUGACCCAGCCCAUGCUUGCUGCUGAAAGCACAGGACCUGCUGCGUCCACUCUUGAGAAAGGCGGAGGGAACGGAAACGAAUACUUCUAUGUCCUGAUUGUGAUGUCCUUCUACGGCAUCUUCCUGAUGGGCAUCAUGCUGGGCUACAUGAAGUCCAAGAGGAAGGAGAAGAAAUCCAACUUGCUGCUGCUCUACAAGGAUGAGGAGAGGGCAUGGGGACAGGCUGUCAAGCCUCUGCCCACCAUCUCUGGACUGAGGUCUGUCCAGAUCCCCAUGAUGUUCAGCAUGCUGCAAGAGAGCAUGGCGCCGGCUCUCUCCUGCACCCUCUGCUCCAUGGAAGGCAGCAGCGUGAGCGAGUCCUCCUUGACAGACGUUCACCUCACUAUUCAAGAGGAAGUGGCUGAUGCCGAGCUGGGAGAAACAGGCGAAGUGGCUCUCCUCGAUGACAGCAGUGAAGGUUCUUCGGAAAGCAUCCACCAAAAUUCCUAGCGCUUGCAGGACCUGGAGACACAGCAUCUUUCGAAUGAGUAGAACUGAAGGAAAACCAUUUCCCAUUUUGCCUCCUGUCUUGAUUUGUCGAGCACCAGUGAUGGAAGGGGUGCCUGGAAGCAGGGAGGAGAGGCAGCAAGCAGAAAAACAACUGGGUAGGCAUUUGUUGUGCAUAGGAGAAUAGUUUUGUUAUUAAGGACAGGGAGGGAUUUUUCUCUCCUGGCAAAUGUCUUUGCGUAGCCUCUCUGUUUGCUUUAGAAUGCUGCAAAUAUCUGGGAAGUAGCUGAGAAACAUCAGGGAUGUUUUGUGAAUGAGCUGCCAGCCUCAUGGAUCUGGUCUUAUGAGUGUUUCACCCCCAUAAGCAUGUCUAAAAGAAAGAGUUUCUAUGGAAAAUGUGGUCACAAAGGGCAGGGAUAAUGCAAUACCAAACAAAGAGCUUUGCUUCAGUCAGUGACUAAGCAGGAGCACAGUUUAAUUCAUUCUUGACUCUCAGAUAUGUGCAGCUGUGUCAGAAGAAGUAGGUCCAUGUGCGAGUAUAUCUGAGCAAAUAUUUCUUUCAGAGUGUCUGUGAAAGAAAUGAAGCUACAUCCAUUCAUACCAGCAGACCAUGAUCUCAAUCCAUGGGGAUACUAAACUCUUUUCAUUUUAGUAGCAUUUAGAGGGGGUGGGGUGGGGUAACACAAUGAAAUGGAGUGGGCACCAUGGCGACAUUCUACAAAAACAGACACAGAUCAGGCUAGGUCUGCAUCAUGAUACAUGCAUUUCUAUGUCCUGAUUUGCUGUAAGAAUGUUUAGCCCAAUGGCUCCAUUCAGCUAUCAUAUGAAAAGCAUGAAUCAGAGCCCAAAUCAUAUUUCAAGUUUCAUAGCAGAUGGGGGCAAAUCAUGGUUCAAAUGUGCUUGCCUGCUUUUGUUUUCCAUCUGUACAAGACUCUUGUUCCAAUGAUGCAAGAUACGGAACAUGGCCUGUAACUGGCAAUUUAGAUUUCACACUGUAGCACCAUUAUCACAAGCCACUGGGCUGGAUUCAGACUAAGUUAGUCAUGCUUGAAAUCAGUGGGAGUUAAGUUAGUAAUGAUAAACUUGUCCCACUGAUUGUAAUGGGAACAAAGCGCUACUAGCUUAGCCUGGAUACAACCUUUUGUUUGCAAAUGCCCUUCAAACUUAAUUCCUGGUUCUCAUUUGUUGGCUGUCUGCAAACCACAGUUUGUCAGUUCAAAUAUCAUGCUAAGCCAUAGGUAAGCUUUUUAACCAUAGUUUGGCACUGGUGUCUCUGAAGAACUGAACCACACUGUAUGUUCAUAUUACAAAUGCUUGAAACUUGCCAGUUAAACCUCUGCACAAUUUUCAUAGAGGGUUUAAUAGCACUGGGGCAGAGGGGUUUUGCUUCCAUUGUGCAUUGCACUGGACAAUAACGUCAGAUUGGUCUCAUAAGUAUGAGAACAGAAAUGCUGCCAAAAUGCCUCUCUGAGUUUUCUGAGUUAAAUAGCUCCAGAACAUAUUCAUUGCCAUGGGAUACGGUGUGGGAAAACAGAGCAUGAAAAGGGGACAGGCGCAAAUGAGGCAAAGAGCUCUCAUUUCCCACUCCCAUCUGAAAGUCUCAGUUCCAAGUUCUGUAUGAGUGGGGACAGACUAAAUGGGACCUUCACCUCCUCUUUCUGAUGUCACUGGGGAUACUUUUGUUUGUGCAGAGACUUUGUUGCUCAUUGACGAGUGGCUGCAGAUCUCAUUAAAGGCAAUGGGAAUAUUUCAUUGACUCGGCCGAUCAACCCGCAAGCAUGAAUUCUGGGUUGCUUUCUUCCAAGAGGGACUGUUUUAAGUUUUCAAAGGAGCCAAAUUACUUCUGGCAUGUUGCCUGGAAUCACUUGAAUCCCGAAACUUUCCAACUCCGACUUUCGAGUUGUCAUGUUUUUCCAUUGCUUUGUCCUCGUUUCUUUGAUUUCCGUACAAAUCUACUUGUCACUCUCUCUUUGCUUCAAAAGACAAUUGUGUAUAUACUUUGAUACCAAGCUGUAUAUAUUUGUCUUACAUAUUUAAGUUUAACUGUUCCUUUCUGACAAACACUAAUUUUUAUUUAAAUAAAGCGAUCACUCUUUUGUGAA